AAACCAGACGACGUCGUGAAUACGCGACGCGUUGUGCUCUAGAAAAGAAUUGGAAGAUCUGCAUGCAUAUAUAAAUAUAUAUAUACUAAGUAUUAGUCAACGCAAAUUAUAUAUUAGUUGGUGUAUCUACAAAUUUAUGUGCAGAAGGGAGAAUUCGAAUUCGCAAAUUGAGUGCCAAUCAACAGAUGAAGAAAUAAAGGGAUCAUUGCAUUGUCUAAAAAAAGAAAUUGCAGGCGAAAGUGAUAUAAUUACAUUUUGAAAUUCUUUUCCAUUUGGUCAGUUGGAAAAUAUGAACACGUAGACGCGAAAGACGAGAUAUAAAUAGCGACAUGUGGUAAAGAGAGGGAGGGAGACGACAAGCAUUGGUAUUAGAAUUCAAGCAAAAUGGAGAAUGCAGCUGAUCUCGGAACUGGAGCUGGAGCUGGGAGCAGACAGGUGCGUCAUCGUCGUCGCACUGCUCGCAGUCAGCGGGAACAGACGCCGGACGCCGGCAGACAGACUCAGCAUCGCGAUGGGAAUCUGGAUAGGAAUUUUGAUGAACUGCCUCAGGCGCAGCAUGUGUGCAUGCAGAUACGUCCUCCUGGCGCCAUGUCCGCCCAUGAGAGCAAGAUACUCCGUCGGCGGGACAAAAACUUUGCCGGAAUCGCUGCCCGAAGUCAGUCGCAGCCACGUGAGGCGGAGAAACUGAGCAGUCCCGAUGCCCAUCAGCUGAUCAAGCAUCGCAGCCUGUCAUCGCCGCGGCACAAGGAUCAGGAGUCCAGCGAGAGCGAGCUCACUGGCAGCUCCCAAUCCUAUACAGUCCAGAAGCAGCGAGGAGACGACUCCCUUAGCCGGCUGGAGCAGAACAUGCUGAGAUUCGAGGACGAACGAAGACGCUUUGAGGCGGAGAAGCGACUCUUUGAGCGGGAGAAGAGGGAGCACAAGGUCCGUCAUCGCCAGCAGUUGGAUCAUGAGGAGCGCAAGCGAUUGCUACAGAGCUACAGGAAGAUCAGCGAUAGCUUCCAGCUGCCACAGGACGAGGAUGAGCGUCGUCGACUUGUCCAGAGCCUUCGGCUCCAGCGACACGAGGCGCCCACAGUUCGUCCACGCAAUCGGAGCAGCGGCUACGAAGAAUCCUCCACCCAGUUCAGCUCCUCCGAUGCGGAUACCGCCGAGGAGCAGCUCUCCAGGCUAAAGCCGGCAACGCGCAAGGCAACAGUUCCAGCGGCGGGUUACAUAGCUGCUCCCAUCCGUGGAGCACCGCCUCCGCCUCCAGCCAAGCCGAUGGCCCCGAAGCCACCUGAGCGUCAUUCUGUCAGCCGAAACAACUCGCUGUCCCCAGUGCGUCCCCAGAGACGUUCAAAGACACCGGAGCAACGUGUGCCUGAGGAUUUAAAUCCCAAACUGCAGUACGUUGAGGUGGGAGAAUCCUCCGCUGACCAGCCUGUGAAAGUGAAGCUCAGCGAGGAGGAACAACGAGCGGAACUCCGUCGGGCUUAUGUGGAGGCAGCGGAAAGAGCUGCGGCAGCGGAGGCAGCGCUGGCCAGGAGCCUGGGAGCAGAUCGACUGAGACGCAGCAACAGUCUAAAGGUGCCCGAGGCGGAGCAAGCACCCAAGAUUGACGCCAAGCGCAGCUCCAGCCUGGAGCGACCUCUGAGAGCCAAGCGCACGCCGAGUCUGGAGAGGCCCAAGAAGGAGGAACCGCUUCCCGAGCCGGAAAGCAACAAGGAACCGGAUGAAAAGUUGGUAGCUGAAGUGGAGAUGCAACAACCACUUGUUGCUGAGGUGGCAGCAGAGAAACCUUCACUGCUGAGGCGCAUAGGGAACCUGUUCCGGCGCAAGCAAAUCCAGGAGAAACAAAUCACUCUUCCGGAACCCAAGAAGCUUAUGUCGCAGGCAUUUCUGGCGCGUUUCCGACUGGAAGCUUGCCACGAGUGGCGACGCCUCAAACUAGAUUAUCCUGUAAGGAUGGCGGAGAUGCGACAACUGCGAAACGAGUGCGUUGGUCACAUCAUCCUGCUAAUACUGCUGCUGGGAUUCGGAGGACUUGCGUUCCGUUAUACGGAGGGCUCGUCCGAGGACAUUUACAAGUGCGAAGUGCGCAAGGUGAAACGAGACUUUAUCGAUAAUCUGUGGACAUUCAGUCAUAACAUGAGAGAGGAUGACUGGAAGUCCUUGGCUCGCCAGAAGCUGCGCAAAUUCGAGGAUGAACUCAAUACGCUGGCCGAAUUGGGUCUGCGUCGAUUUCCGGGUCAGAAAUCAUUUAACUUUGUCAAUUGUUUCAUUUAUUGCUGGACCGUCAUCACAACAAUAGGAUACGGUCACAUAUCACCGAAGACAAGUGUGGGACGCUCCUUGACCAUUAUCUACGCCAUCAUUGGCAUUCCGAUGUUCCUGAUUGUGCUGGCCGAUCUGGGAAAGCUCUUCACGAGGAGUGUCAAGUUCCUGUGGGCGUAUGUGAGGCGUGUUUACUACACUCGCUCCUGCCGCCGCAUCCGGAAGCAGCAGCAGUUCCGUGACGCCAUGACGGGCAUCAAUACUGUCUACGACAUGGCGAUACGAAGACCGAGCAUGUUCUUUGGCAAGACUGAGGAGGAAGCGGACGAGGAGUCACGUGUGGAGGGAGAUGCGGAGGCCGGCAAAUCUCUGGGCACUUCCCAUCCGGAGACACCAACGUCGCCGUAUCCGGAGACCUUUGAGGUGGACGACGAGUUCAAUCUGCCAAUCUCUGUGGCAACCCUGUUGCUUGUGACCUAUAUUAUAAUGGGAAGCGCCUUCUACACAUUUAUUCUUGAAACGGAUUGGUCUCUUCUGGACUCGUUCUACUUUGUCUUCAUCUCCAUGUCCACCAUUGGCUUCGGCGACAUGGUUCCCAGCGAUCCCUUCUACGUGAUGGUCAGCAUGAUCUAUCUAAUCUUUGGCCUGGCCCUCACAUCCAUGUUCAUCAAUGUGGUGCAAAUCAAGCUCAGCGAUCACUUCAAGCGUGCCAGUGCCAAGGUUGGAGCCACCAUUGGCAUGGCCAGUGAGUUUGGAGACGAGUUCGGCUCCCAGGUGAAGACGCCAUCGGAGCUAGCGUCGGUUCAUGGUUCCCGCUUGGGUCGCAUUGAGGAAGAUGGGCAUGAGACACCGGCGAACGGAGGAGCAGCGAAUUCACCACCUCCCCCGCCCCCCCUGACGUCGAUCUUGCGCUCACCACGCCCUCUGUCGCCCUCAUCUGCCCAGAUAGACAGUCCUCCGCCAUUGAUACCCAGGCGACAGUUGGAUCUACAAACUCCGCCGACAAAUGAGACCAAUAAAAAGAAAAAGUAUAGAUUCUUCUAGGAAAAUAUAAAACUCUUCUAAUCUAAUUGAGAUCGCAUUUCGCUCAAGCGAAAAAGCUGAGGAUCUUGGGAGUCCUUAGAACCUGAGAAAUAUCUAUUUGUAAGCAAAUUUAAAAAUGACAAUAAUAAUUAUAAAACGAAUAAGCGCCUAUUUAUUUAUUUGUUUCUCUAAUAAUUUAGUGUAAACCUAUAUAUACGUAAAAUAAAAUAUAUGAGUUUA